ACUCACUCGAAAUGAGUGACAUCACUGGAGUUUCCCCCUGUGCCUGUCUGUUUUAAAAGAGCCUUUCACAGAUACAGGCAUUAUUAAGAGGUGAGCUUGAAGCAAUAGAAGGAACACAUUCAAAAAAAUGGAAGGUGAAUGCAAGGUAACGCUGGACACCGCUGUCAACAAAGACACAGAGAAACAGGCAACACAGAGACUCCAGCCCAGCUCAAAGAUAACUACUGCCCUGCUGGUAUUCACACUCUGCCUUGCUGCUGCUGCUGCUGCUGUCCUCAUUGUCAACAGGCAUACUGAGGUUCAAGGACAAAAUGAAGACAAUUUUCAUCACACGUUGAGGCAAAUUUCAAAUGUAAGAGCAGCCAUUCAUCUGGAAGGAGUGCACAACUCUAAACUAAAUACCUCAGUGGAAUGGAAGGAUAGGGUGGACCAGUCCCACUCUCAAGGAGGACUAGAGCUCAAGAACAAUGAAAUUGUGAUUCCUCGGGAUGGCCUCUACUUUGUUUAUAGCCAAGCAUCCUUCAGGGUUAGCUGCAGAAAUGACAAUGCUGAUGACACCUCCUCGCACCCCAUGGUCCACCUGAGCCACACUGUGCAGCGCUGGUCUCGCUCAUACGGAAACGAUGAUGUCAAGAGGGAUUAUGCGACCAUCCUUCACUCUAUCCGUACAGCCUGCCAAAAGACAACUAGCAGUGAUUCAGAUGAGGAUGGGAGCUGGUACUCUGCUGUUUACAUGGGAGCUGUGUUCAACUUGUACAGUGGGGACACACUGAGGACAGUGAUGGAGGAGGAAAUGCUGAACAAACUGGAGGAUGAUCCAGGGAAGACCUUCUUUGGUGUUUUUGCCUUGUGAGGACAGGUGUCUGAUGAAUGUAGGUGAAAUGGUGACAUCAAGUUCCACUGCAGCACCAUCAUCACCUUACUACUGAAGAGCUGAUGCAAACUUUUGUUUAGACUUUCCACCCAUACUUGAAUUGUUUGUAUUAGAAAGUCAUUUAAUGUUAAAGCAAACAAAGCU